CUGAUGCUCGUUGCGUGACGUAUAAUCUAGUGGACGGGACGGGACAUUUCUUCAACAAGGACAACAGGCUACUGAUUGAACCACAUCGGUUGUUCGCUAGCAAACAUAAAACCGGUAAUAUUUAGACAAUUUGUGCUUAUAUUAACCUCAGUUUUUUAAACACACCGUCUGCGAAUUUACUAGUUACUUUAAUAUUUACAUUGUCAGCUAGCUAGCUGUUUUAGUUAGCACUAGGAUAGUCUAACGUUCCCGACCAUGAGUUCACUAUCCUACACCCCACCUGCUAAAGAAGAGGAGGACUGCUGGACGGAGAAAGAAGCUCCCGUGAAAGAGGAGAAGGAAGAGGAGGCUAUCACGGUUAAAAAGGAAGUAGGGGGUGAGGCUGUUUCAGUGAAAGAGGCAGACGUUUCAGUGAAAGAGGAGGUGGAUGUUACUGUGGAAGAAGAGGAAGGCGCGUUCAGAGUGAAAGAAGAGGAGGAUCAGAUUACUGUCACAGUUAUAGAGGAGGAAGAAGAGAAUAAUGGAGAUCUGAUUAACACCAGAGAGAGACAAGACUCUCACUCUGACAGCGAAAAGUGUCUUUCAGAAGAACCAGAGACGUCCAAACCAGCAAGACGACGCCACUCUUCCCAGUGUGGAAAGAGUUUGACCAAGUUAGGGAGCCUUAAAAACCACGAGAUUACACACACAGGAGAAAAGUCCUACCAAUGUUCCCAGUGUGGAAAGAGUUUUACAAGGUUUUGGAACCUAAAAGAACAUGUGAGGACACACACAGGGGAAAAACCUCAUCACUGCUCCCAGUGUGGAAAGAGUUUUAUCCGGUUAAGCCACCUGAAAGAACACAAGAGAACGCACACAGGCGAGAAGUCUUAUUACUGCUCCCAAUGUGGAAAAGGUUUUAUCCAGUUAAGGAAAUUGAAAAUGCAUGAAAUGACGCAUACAGGGGAGAAGCCCUACCACUGCUCCCAGUGUGAAAAUAGAUAUGUUUCAUCAGGAGCCCUGAAGUCACAUAAGAGAACACACACAGGGGAGAAGCCAUACCUCUGUUCCCAGUGUGGCAAGAGUUUUAGCUGGCCAGGGCAACUGAAAGAGCACGAGAGGACACACACAGGAGUGAAGCCUUACUAUUGCUCCCUGUGUGGAAAGAGUUUUACCCAUUUAGGGAACUUAAAAAGGCAUAAAAGAUCACAUGCUGUAGAGAAGCCGUAUCAAUGCUCCCAGUGUGAAAACUUGUUUUUAUCACCAUGGGACCUGAAAAAACAUGAGAGAACCCACUCUGUAGAGAGGCCUUUCAAAUGCUCUCAGUGUGGAAAGAGAUUUAUCCAGCGUUGUCAUUUGAAAGCGCAUGAAAAAAUACACACAGGCGAAAAACCAUUGUGCUCUCAUUGUGGAAAGAGUUUUACCCAGUUAGGGAGCCUAAAAGAGCACGAGAGGACACACACUGGAGAGAAGCCAUACCACUGUUCCCGGUGUGGAAAGAGUUUUACCCGGUUAUGGUGCCUGAAAGCACAUGAGAGAAUGAAGAAGCUGUGUUCUGACUUAAGUUUUUGACUGAGAAUUUUGUGUUUUUGUUCAUGUCACGUAAAAUCAACUUGGUUCGAUGAUAGAAUCCUUAGUUGCUGCCUACUUUUCUUAAACUUCUAAAUUAAUGAUACUCAUUGAUUCUUGAUGAACAUAACUUAUAAAAUGCCUCAUGAGCUUAGUUCAACUGUCAUACUCAGAUUCCAAAAUACCCACUUGAUUUGCACCAAUGUUUUGUAAACAAUGUAAAUGUAAACACACAUUGUAUGAGCCUCAAAACAUAUUAUAGUUUAAACUAUAAUUUUGGGUCAAACUAAAGAUUCUAGCUUUAAAGGUCCAAUGCAGCCUGUUUUUAAAAACAUCUCGAUAUCAAAUCAUUUCUGGGUAAUAUUUAGGUCCCUUACUGUAAAAUUUAGGUACCUUACUGUAAUAUUUAGGGACCUUACUGUAAUAUUUAGGUCCCUUACUGUAAUAUGUAAGUCCCUUACUGUAAUAUUUAGGUCCCUUACUGUAAUAUUUAGGUCCCUUACUGUAAAAUUUAGGUACCUUACUGUAAUAUUUAGGUACCUUACUGUAAUAUUUAGGGACCUUACUGUAAUAUUUAGGUCCCUUACUGUAAUAUGUAAGUCCCUUACUGUAAUAUUUAGGUCCCUUACUGUAAUAUUUAGGUACCUUACUGUAAUAUUUAGGUACCUUACUGUAAUAUUUAGGUCCCUUACUGUAAUAUUUAGGUCCCUUACUGUAAUAUUUAGGUCCCUUACUGUAAUAUUUAGGUCCCUUACUGUAAUAUUUAGGUACCUUACUGUAAUAUUUUUCAAUUUCAAAUGGUCAAAACCAAAAUAACUUCUUAGCAAAGAGCAAUUUCUCAAUUGCAAGAAUUGUGAUGGUACUGAGUGGGGAGGGAACAACUGAACUAGCUCUUAUUGACAGAGAGGUUUUUCAUAUUGAUUUGAUAACUAAUUACCUGCCUGAUGAUGAUAUCAAGUACGCCAACGUGUCAUCCUUCCAAAACAGGCUGAAAUUUCAGGCGGUCUUUUGAAACAGCUCUUACACUGAAAGGACAUGAUCAUCAUUUCCACAGUAUUAUUCCAACCUCAGUGUGGACAUAUUUAUAAACACACACGUUUCUGACUCUGCACUGGGCCUUUUAAAAACGCCUUUUCAACAAUACAUGUGUUAAGUCUUUUUUAUCUAAAGACAUGAAUUGAAAAACUGAAGUAUGGCAGUUUUAAUAGCGAGCGCGACAGUUUCAAUUUGUACACUCUCUGUGAUUCAAUGGUCCUUUACAAACUCUGGCUCUUCUAUGGGUUUGUCUGUGUGACAGUUUCAAUUUGUACACUCUCUGUGAUUCAAUGGUCCUUUACAAACUCUGGCUCUUCUAUGGGUUUGUCUGUGUGACAGUUUCAAUUUGUACGCUCUCUGUGAUUCAAUGGUCCUUUACAAACUCUGGCUCUUCUAUGGGUUUGUCUGUGUGACAGUUUCAAAUUGUACGUUCUCUGUGAUUAAAUGGUCCUUUACAAACUCUGGCUCUUCUAUGGGUUUGUCUGUGUGACCGUUUCAAUUUGUACGCUCUCUGUGAUUAAAUGGUCCUUUACAAACUCUGGCUCUUCUAUGGGUUUGUCUGUGUGACAGUUUCAAUUUGUACGUUCUCUGUGAUUAAAUGGUCAUUUACAAACUCUGGCUCUUCUAUGGGUUUGUCUGUGUGACAGUUUCAAUUUGUACGCUCUCUGUGAUUCAAUGGUCCUUUACAAACUCUGGCUCUUCUAUGGGUUUGUCUGUGUGACAGUUUCAAUUUGUACGCUCUCUGUGAUUAAAUGGUCCUUUACAAACUCUGGCUCUUCUAUGGGUUUGUCUGUGUGACAGUUUCAAUUUGUACGUUCUCUGUGAUUAAAUGGUCAUUUACAAACUCUGGCUCUUCUAUGGGUUUGUCUGUGUGACAGUUUCAAUUUAUACGCUCUCUGUGAUUAAAUGGUCCUUUACAAACUCUGGCUCUUCUAUGGGUUUGUCUGUGUGACAGUUUCAAUUUGUACGCUCUCUGUGAUUAAAUGGUCCUUUACAAACUCUGGCUCUUCUAUGGGUUUGUCUGUGUGACAGUUUCAAUUUGUACGCUCUCUGUGAUUAAAUGGUCCUUUACAAACUCUGGCUCUUCUAUGGGUUUGUCUGUGUGACAGUUUCAAUUUGUACUCUCUCUGUGAUUCAAUGGUCCUUUACAAACUCUGGCUCUGGCUGUUCUAUGUGUGUGUCUGUGUGACUGAGUGGACCUCCUUCUUCAAGCACUACAAAUCAUCUAUUGUUUACAUUUGAGUUGCAUAUGUAUCUUACAGAGUGUGGCUUUAAGGGAAUAUUUGGUCACAUCUACAUGUAAAUUAAAAAA